AACGCAACCAAAACAAACUUUAGAGAAAGAGAAAGGCUUUCCACACGGAAGCAGUAGCGUAGCUAGCUAAGUUAAAGUAAAACAUGAGUUUAAAGUAGUGAUGGACACUGGUUGGAUAUUACCAUUAUAUUUUAAACGAUGCCUAAUGAACGAAAAGAAAUGGACACUGACAAUAUCAAAGUUUUGGUAAUCACGGCUAAUGUUGGCUCUCUUUUUGAAGAGUAUGGUGCCAUUCUUCGAGAAAAUUGGAUGCUAGAAUUUCACAAGUUGGUCCAGACUCAUCAGCCAACAUUUAUUGGGCUUCAUUUACAAGAAGUUGGUGGUAAAACCCUUGUUGUUAAUACUGAACAAGUUGUAACAUUCUUCAAAGAAUUAUAUAAUGCUGAAAGAUUUGAAGAAUACAUCUCUGUACAUAGUUUUAUUGACGAAGAAUAUACGCAAGAAAAGUAUACAGCACUUGGAAGCUCCUAUUUCAUUCAUAAAUCUUUGCAUGAUCGCAUAGAGAUGUGGAACUUUGAUGAUCAGUCAUUUAAGAUUGUUCCAAAAGGCAGAAUUCUGCAUUCAGCAUCUGAUGCUUCAUGUUACGUGAAAAAACAUAAAUUUCCUCUGUCCUGUUACUCAAAGAAGUUAAUCAGAUGGCCACGUAAAGGCUUUACUUGGACGAGGUGGCGAAUAAAUAACAGGGUAUUAGAUAUGUUGAAUGUGCAUUUAACACAUGAUGCUUGCAACUUAAAAGCUGCUCUUAAGUCACCUACAAAGUUCGCCAAACAUCGAAGGCGAUCUUUACAAUAUUUAAUCGACAGGCUGAAUGAAGCGCCAUCAGAUCACCAAAUAUUGUAUGGUGAUUUUAAUGUGAGGCCAGAUACGAAAGGUUUGAUUGAUCAUUUAAUGGGUGAUAUAGCUAGUCAUCAUUUAACAAAAGACAGUGAUGGUCAUCCGCAGUCACUUGUGUACAGAGCUGUAAAUGGUUCAACAAAGGAUUUAUUGAAGAUAGGUGGCCGAUUAUUUGAAAUGAGCAGUUACGAAGCCUUCGACCAUGUCUCUGACCUACUUCAGUUUGAUAGAGAACUGGAAUGGGUAUACGAAGAUUUGUUUUCAGAGAUGCCAGUCUCUUUUAAGCCAACUUACCCACACAAAGAAAAUCCCGAGGACAAUGGAGUUUCAUUUUCUAAUGUCAGGUGUCCAUCUUGGUGCGACCGCGUAAUAGUGGACAAAAAAUUGUUUCAGGAAGCUGUUCAGCCAGAUGAAGGUAGCGUAUACGGCAGCUAUGGUAAAAACGUUCACAUUGGAGACCACAAGCCUGUAUUCAUGGUAUUCAACUUUCCGAACCGUUAGCCUGGAUCUCCAAAUGAAGAAACAUUAAACCACGUAGUCGAACCUCUUGCACUGUUAUACAAUUAAACGCACGAAUGCGCUGCGUACUGAAUAACAUAUCACUGAUGCACCUACUGUCACCAACAUCGUGUGACGUAACACCAUAUAUAACACCACUAACCUGUCAAUCGUCACUGGGUUUAACAUUUGAUAAAAUGACGUGGGGGAGAAUAAAUAUAUAUAUAUAUGCGUUUUUAAUUUUUAUUUUCAUAUGUUUGAUGAAGAGCGGUGAAGGUGGGUUUCUACAUGGGGCAUUUUGCGCUGGGCUAAUAAAAUCGCUUGCUAGAUUUUUCAGUACAUGCACAUAGAAGAAAUGCGAUACUGUUUCAUAGCCCAACUCUAAAAUGCUGCACUAGAUAUCCAUCCUGGCGUGUCUUCAAAUCUUAUUCACCACUGGCAAGGCUUCAGAUUAUAAAACGUCAUGACAAAUGAAAAAGACGUAAUCAUACAUAUGGAGCGGUUUUGCACGUCGGUAAAUGAUUAGGUGCUUACGAACCUAACAUCCAAUCUCAUGAAUUGCACACGACGCCAACUCGUUCUAAUGGUCUUUUUUAUUUAAAGUAUACCCAAAGACACUGGAAACGAAUUUCAGGGAACGCACAUAGAGUAUAUAUGUUAAUAAAUAUAUAUGAUUGAUACUAACUAUAUUUUUGGUAUAAUAUAUUUUUAAAUAAUUCUUUGGCUGGACACUGGAAUUAUUAAGAACAUUAUUAUCUCCUCAAUGAGAGAAUUUUAUUAUCUCCUCUAUGAGAGACUGAUUUCAUUUAUUUAUUUAUUAUCUUGAGAUGAACGAAAAAAAUCUUGUCAAAAAAAGGCGUUUUGUGAUAUUUUAACUAUCAAUUUUUACAUUUUAAUCUUUUAUUUUAUUCUUUAUUUACUAACUAAGAUAUAAAUCGUCUGUGUUAUUCUGGCGUGUUAGAUAGCCCUGAAUAUGAUCUUAAAACGAAAACUGAGAAGCCUCGAAUAUGAUUUCAAAACAAAAAAGACAUUCAUUAAACCUUUUUUUACUAUUGCGUACAGGACCGAUUGAUCGUGUAAUAACUCUUGCUUUUAUCGCUAUGUAUUCUUGACAACCUUCACGCCGUGUGUUUUCUAAAAUUAUUUAGUAAAGAGUGACCUUUGGGUAGGGUACUUUUUCAGCUGAUAAAUGUAAGUAUUAAUAUUUAUUUAGCUUUUAUUGUACUGUUUAUCAAAGUGUAUUCUAUUAAUGGAGCCUUUAUAUUUUACCGUGUGGUAUAUUUAAUAUUUUGCUUAUCCUUGUCCCAGAUAAUCUUGAAUGCAACUAAACCAUAAAAACCACUUCUUCUAGCGCUUCUGCUGACAAAGAAAAGUUUCGCAACAGUUUUUUAACAACACAAAAAGUUUUACUGAGAUUUAAGCAAUUUAUUUUAUUUUUUACAAAAUAAAACACGAGAGUCUGGGUACAAGGAUGAUAAAUGAUAUGCGUGUUAUAUAUUUCUUAAAUUGUUAAAAUAGAUGCGCACGUGUAGUUGAA